AAGCUGGCGGUUCCGCCAUAAGAAAGUGGCUCGAGAGCGGAGAGCUGCCGUUGCUUUGAGAGGAAAAGAGAGGCCGGCGGUUGCUUGGUGGGUGGGGCCGCGUGCGCUCUAACCUGCCUGUAGCUUGGGGGCGCGAGGACGAACAAGGGCCGUCCGGAGCGGUCGGCUAAAGCUUCAUGGAGCUCCCGCUCCCUCGGUUGCGGACGCUCGCCUGCGGUUGGGAAAGGUCUGUGGAGGCUACGUGCGCAGAAGGGCUCCGCCUCGGGACCCAGCCUGGAGUCUGAGGUUGACCGCCGGCUGCGAAGCCUCAGGGGCCAUCGAGAGAGCGACGUUCAACGGCCUCCCGCACUGAUUGCAGCAACCCCAGCCCCAGCAGCCUAGAGGUGGCGGCGGCGAGGAGGGCUUCGAGCAGAACGGCGUCGCUAAAUCCUGGUGGCUCACGUCCUUCCCUACGUGUUUAUCUCCUGUUUGUCUCUCCCACCGCCCGUUUUCCUCUUUGCCUUUCCCAGAAAAACAAAGCUCUGUCCGAGGAGCUGUUGCCGUCAGCUGCGCUUCUUUGCUCCCGGCUUGAGGGGCUGCGAUUCUGGGGAAGCCCCAAGAGAGGCACUCAGGCAGGCCGGAGGGGAGCUCCUUUGGACCAUCCAAAGGAAAGGACUGCUUGGCCUUGGCUCCAAACGGUGGGAUACGAAUAUUUCUCCCUCUGCCCGUGAAUAAACUGGCCGUAGCCCUAACCUACAGUAUGCCGUACCGCUUAGAUUAAAACAUCUCCGGGCAAAUUGGAUGUGAUUUAUUCCCUUUUUUUUUUAACCUGGCAAUUUUUUUCCUUCACUCUCCCACCAUUUUAUGUCUUUUCAGCAGUAUUGAAGUGGGGGACUGGAUGGAGAGUGAUAUGUGAGAUUACUUUUUUGCUUCUUUUAAUUGUAGAGCAGAUUAAUAUGAAUAUGUGCCCAUAAUAAACACGAUCAUCUCAUUGAGAAGAAUUUUUAACAAUAAAAUAGCAAUUUUUAAGAGCUGAAAAUGAUUCUGAAGUGGAUUUUGCCUUACUGGAGCUACUUAUCCUCUGUGCCCAUUUUGGUCCUGUUUAACUGUUACCCUCUCCAAGCUAGUGCAGAUAAUUCCAAUCUAAUAUAUUAUACAGCUCUCGUAAAUAUCACUGUGUUGAAUCCUGAUCGUUCAACAUCUGCUUCAAUAACACUUGAGCGUGCACGCUAUGGACAAACUUCUCCCAAAAUAAGUGUCAAAGGCCUACUUCUGGCACCUUUGCCAAUCAAUGGAGUUCCAGAUCGUUUAGGAUGCGAUCCACGAACACGGUUUCAGAUUCCUCCAAAUACAAAGCAGUGGAUUGCUCUACUGCAGCGAGGAAAUUGUACAUUUAAACAAAAAAUUCUGCGAGCAGCUUCACAUAAUGCUUCAGCUGUUGUGAUUUACAACAAUGUAUCUGGCAAUGAGCCUGUUACCAUGACUCAUCAAGGAACUGGAGACAUUGUUACGGUCAUGAUCACUGAAAUGAAGGUUAAAGAAAUCUUGAAUUAUUUAGAAAAAAAUAUGUCCGUCCUAAUUGCAAUAGCCGUGGGAACACGCCAUCCAAGCAAAAAUGUUAAUCGAAGUUCCCUUGUCUUUGUAUCCGUAUCAUUUAUAGUUUUGAUGAUAAUUUCUUCAGCAUGGCUAAUAUUUUAUUUCAUUCAGAAGAUUAGAUAUACCAGUGCACGUGAUCGAAAUCAGCGUCGUCUUGGAGAUGCUGCCAAAAAAGCUGUUGGUAAACUAACAGCAAGAACUGUAAAGAAAGGUGAUAAGGAAACAGAUCCAGACUUUGAUCACUGCGCUGUUUGCAUUGAAAGCUAUAAGCAAAAUGAUGUUGUACGCAUUCUGCCAUGCAAGCAUGUUUUUCAUAAAACCUGUGUAGACCCAUGGUUAAGUGAACACUGUACCUGUCCUAUGUGUAAACUGAAUAUUUUGAAGGCCUUGGGAAUUGUGACAAAUGUACCAUGUGCUGACAAUAUGGCCUUUGACAUGGAAAGGCUAACCAGAAGCCAGCUAGGUAACAGGAGAUCAGUACUUGGUGACCUUAGCAGUGACAGCUCACUCACUCUUGAACCCCUACGUACUUCUGGUAUAUCACAAUUUCCCCAGGAUGGAGAGCUGACUCCAAGGACAGGCGAGAUCAAUAUUGCUGUAACUAGUGGCCAUUUUUUCCACCAUAAUUCUCUCUCCCCUCGGAGCCUGGUCUACGAGAAUGAUUUCUCUUCGAUCGAGCCUGUCUUGGACAUCUACGACGAGAACAAGACCUGAAAGGGAAUCUGCAUUCUUCUUGCUUUGCUCUCUUUCCCUUUCCCUUUUCCGUUUCUCAUUCCUAUUGUUGUGUACUCCUUCCAUGGAUGUCCUUUGUCUGAAGAAGAGCUGCCUUUUUCCAGAACUUGUGCCUGGCUGCCAGGCUGCAAAGGUGAAGCUCAGCUGAGGCAAUAUCUGAGGAUGACGUCUCUGAACAGAUGAAGUAUGUGCACAAGGUCGGCUGUUGGAGGUUGCCGAGUUGACAGAAUUACCAUUAGCAGUGCCAACGCGAUGGUGUCAGUAUGCUAGAGAUUUUGCCCUACUCCGUUUUAAUUUUGUACAACAGUCCUGUCUCUUGAGUAGGCAUGUGAUAGUUCUCUUAUUUUCCAAACCAAUAAAUUACCAUGUUUGCCAGCUUACUUGCCUGAUGCAGGAGCUGAUAGGCUAACUGCCCAAAGUACUCCAGUUACUUUUAAUUUUGUCCUUAAUCUCACACUGAACACUUCCAUUCCAAAGGGAUCUACAAUAUAUAUAUAUGAUUUGGAGGAUUUUUUUUUUCACAUCCUAUUGUUUUGGCUAAACAUGGCCAAAAGUUGCUUGGUGAGAAAGGAACAACAGACACAGAAAGAGACAUUUUUACAGCCUUUUACAGACUUUCAAAGAUUCCGUUGAGAUUCAUAAACCCAAUCUACAUGGUUAAGACUUAAGAAGAAUCCAGGAAUCAAAAAUAUAUAUUAUUGCUUGAUUUUUAAGAUAUGUGUUCUUUUUUCACUCAGAUUUUUAAGAAGCCAAUGAUGUUGGUGUUAUAUACUAAAAAAAAAAAAAAA